CGUCCGUUCUGAUAUUUACAAAUGUUACCUAGAAAGAUUUUACGAUUAGCCAGUAGAGGUUAUUGCACUCAUUUGACAAAAGAAAUAUUUUCUCAGCAAAGAAAAGUUGCACUACAAGAUAAAGUAUCAAAAUUACAUAGGGCACGACCGGCCUAUACUACUCGAGGAGUAAUAGAUGAAGAUAAAGUAGGACUCCUGAAACGAGCGGCAGUAUUGGUGCCUCUUGUCUUGGUUAACAAAGAACCGAGCUUCCUCUAUACAGCUAGGUCAUCUAAUUUAAGAUCCCAUGGUGGUGAAAUAAGUUUUCCUGGUGGUAAAUUUGACAGUGUGGAUAAAAAUGCUGAAGAUGCUGCCCUGCGAGAAACAGAAGAAGAGUUGGGUAUACAGAGACAUUCAUUUGACAUUUGGGCUCAGUUACCCUCUCUCCAGGGAAGAGAUGGCAAAACAGCAAUCACACCUGUUAUUGCUUUAUUAAAGGAACCAUUGGUGUUAUCUGACUUGAGACCAAAUUCUGAGGAAGUUUCUAGUGUCAUUAUUUGCACCGUAGCCGAACUGUGUCAGGAAAAGAACCAAGCCUUCACACAGUUUGGGUCUGGAUACACUUUGCCAAUAUAUUUCGGUCAGCAGACCCACAUUAACAUCAAACCAAAAAUUUGGGGAUUAACUGCCAUUAUCACACACUUAACUCUUAAUGCGCUUGUACCAGAAAUGUACAAAUUAAAAUUACCUUUCGUUAAAAAAAUCCGGGUUUCGAAUAAACUUAAAUGAGCCACCGCCCACCGGGUCGUUCGGUAGGCGUUAAAUCAAUCUUAGUGAUUAAUUACUGUAUGUUUUCGCUCAAUAAAAAAAUCCUUGUUGA